CACCACCUUUCGCAUCGCACAAGAAAAGUUUGGGAAAGUAGUUCUGGCGAUGUCACUUGAUUCCUGGUUGCUAAAGAGACUGUAACGUUGGAUGAAUACAAUAACGAAUCUCACGUUACCCUCAACAAACAAACAUAAGGUGUGAUGGGCUGUGAGAAGGAGUAAACAUGGAACACUUUGAGGCUGCUCCAGGUUGUUGUGUUGUGUGUGUGUGCGCGCUUCACCCAGCUAUAAAGCUCCUCAUCUGUAGAUGACACCAGCAGAUGUUUGUGGAGCUGGCAUGAAAAUGGCUUCUCAGUGGAACACUGCCCGUGUGACCAGUGCAGAGAGGAAGGUGCCCCACACCCGUAUGGAGGAUGAGGCUGACCUCCAGCAAAUAUACUCAUUUGGGAGGAAAUUAGGUCAAGGUAGCUUUGGUGUCGUCUGUGAAGCCACCCACAACGAGACAAGGAAGAAAUGGGCUAUUAAGAAGGUGAACAAAGAGAAGGCUGGAAGUUCAGGUGUCAAACUGUUGGAACGGGAAGUGAGCAUCCUGAAACGUGUGAACCAUGCACACAUAAUACAUCUGGAGGAAGUCUUUGAAACACAAAAGAGGAUGUAUCUGGUUACUGAGCUGUGUGAGGGAGGGGAGCUGAAGGAGCUCCUUCAGAAGAACACACGCUUCACAGAGGAGGAGACCAGGCACAUCAUCUACAGCCUGGCUGAGGCCAUCGUCUACCUGCAUAAGAAGGACAUAGUUCACCGAGACCUGAAACUGGAGAACAUUCUAGUGAAGAGUUAUCAUCAUGGUGUUGAUAAUGACAUGAUCAAUAUCAAGGUGACAGACUUUGGGUUGUCAGUGAAGAAGGGGGGUGUUGGCAGUGAGAACAUGCUGAAAGCCACCUGUGGGACUCCUAUCUACAUGGCUCCUGAGGUGAUCAAUGCUCAUGAGUACAGUCAGCAGUGUGAUGUGUGGAGUAUUGGGGUCAUCAUGUACAUGCUGUUGUGUGGGGAACCUCCAUUCAUCGCCACCUCUGAGGAAAGACUCUUUGAGAUGAUCAAGAAGGGAGAACUCCACUUUGACGGACCCGUCUGGGAUUCUAUCAGUGAUGCAGCCAAGAAAGUGUUGAGUUGCCUCCUGAAAGUUGAUCCCGCCCAUCGCAUCACAGCCAAUGAGCUGCUGGAUAACCCCUGGAUCACGGGUGACACCAACACUCUGGCCACACCCACCAACGUGCUGGAGAUGAUGCGUCUGUUCCGGGAUGACCCGGAGGAGGCGGAGAGUGAGGAGGCGAGCGAGGUGGUCAGUGACGUGCUGAACGAGCUCUCUCUCAGCUGCUCCCAGGACAGCCUGACUCUGGAGCCCAGGGCAACGCUGGAGGACGGGGCAGGAUCAGAGCAUACAGUAACACUGGAACCUAGGGUUAGGCCUGAGAACAGGGCAGGGAUGGAGGGUGGGGCCAGGCUGGAGGACCAGGUAAGGCCAGAGCCCAGGGUGGCCUCAGCAUGCAGGAACAUUGCUGAGCACAGCUAUGAGGGAGACACAGACAGUAGCAGCAGCAAACCCACCACCCCCACCAAACAGAGACAGAAGAAGAAGAAGGUUGCUUCCUCAUCGUCCAAUGGACUGAAAACCAACAGCUCUGCUGUGAAGGUCUGCAACUCACUCAGUCCCCCCACUUCACAGGUGGCAAACUCUCCAGGCAGUCGAGUGCAAAUCGUCUCAGCCCACAGGACAAGAGCGAGACCCGCCCAACCUCUUCCCCAGUGGAGCCAGCUCCCAAACCAGUGGCCGGUCCAGGGAAGGCAGAGGCCCACAAACCCCCCCACACCCCCUCUGGCUCUAGACCUGGGAGCCGCUCCCCACGACCACCUCUCUGCAGCAGGCAUAAGAAGAGCUCCUAGGCACCAGCAGCAGAGUCCCCAUCCCCACGGGCGAGGCGUGCCAAAGGAGAGGACCCCAGUCAGAGGUGUACCCUUGGGGGUGGCAGGCCUGCUAGACACAUGACCUGUUGGUAUUCAUCUAUCCACUGCGUGACACACACCAGCCCUGGACUGAAUGAAUAGUCUCUCACACACCCACUGUGAUGUUGUUUUAGAAUGGCCAGUAGACAGGUGCUGAAGAUAGGUUUGUCAGUAGCAUCAGCUUGAAUGCAUUCAGAGGGUAAACCAGCAUGCUGUGGAAUCAGGAGAGCAAAUAAUUGACCUAGCAAUAAUUUCACAGUAAAGCACCUGAUUCCUGUUGUUCAAACUAUCCCUGUUGUGUCCCCACUGACCUAUCUUAGGCUACCUGUCGUUUCUGUUAUGCUUAGUUACAUACUUUGUCUGUAUUUUCCAUAUCAAACUCACUGACAGUCUGAGUCGUUUCAAAAUACACUCAUUAAAAAGUAGAUGGGGAAACUCAAAGGGAGUGUUCAUCUCUCUUAUUUAUUCCGUUGGGUUUAAUUCAUGAUUUAUUAGUGGUUCACUGGGUUGUGUAGCUGUUAGUGUUUUCUAUGUACUGUAAAAGUAUACUUUUCUAUUUCUUUCAGUAUCCUAACGGGCAAAUUUGGUAUGAAAGAUCUUCAAAGUGCUUUGUUUUUCACCACAAAUGUCAUUAACAUAAAAAUAGUCCAACAUUCAUUAGUAGUCUGACGACCAGGGGCUCAAGCUUGUCUGCUGUUUAUUCUUUUCAUUGAGCUGUUCUUAGGCUGAUUUAAGGAUGAUUGCCAAGCAUCAUGAGAAGAAACUAAUGUACAGAAACUCCAUUAUUUUGUGUUCAAUAAACAUAAUCAGAAAUGUGA